UCCACGGUGGGCUGAUCCACGGCUGCUCUUCCGGUGGAGACGUGGCUCUGUCCUGCUGCCAUAUUUAAGCUAGCUAGCUAACAAUCAAACAACUUGUUGUCAACUGUUUUACUCGCACUUUGCUAUUUCAGUGUGACUGGAAAUCACCGAGGCAAGAGCUACGACAGACUCAAGAGCGUUACCCAUAGAGAGACCCGAAAAUGGUGCUGUUGGCAGCGGCGGUGUGCACCAAGGCAGGCAAGGCCAUCGUAUCGCGACAGUUUGUGGAAAUGACCCGGACACGUAUCGAGGGUCUCCUGGCUGCCUUCCCCAAACUGAUGAACACGGGCAAGCAGCACACCUUUGUGGAGACGGAAAGUGUUCGCUAUGUGUAUCAGCCGCUGGAGAAGCUCUACAUGGUCCUCAUCACUACUAAGAACAGUAACAUCCUGGAGGACCUGGAGACACUCAGACUCUUCUCUCGUGUGAUCCCAGAGUACUGUCGUGUGCUGGAGGAGAGUGAAAUAUCGGAGCACUGUUUCGACCUGAUCUUUGCCUUUGAUGAGAUUGUGGCGCUGGGCUACAGAGAGAAUGUCAACCUGGCCCAGAUCCGCACCUUCACAGAGAUGGACUCCCACGAGGAAAAGGUUUUCCGCGCUGUCAGAGAGACCCAGGAGAGGGAGGCCAAGGCGGAGAUGAGGAGGAAGGCCAAGGAGUUGCAGCAGGCUAGGAGGGACGCCGAGCGCUCGGGGAAGAAGGUGCCGGCAUUUGGAGGCUUUGGCAGUGCCGGCAUGACCAGCGUCUCCUCAGGAUCCAUCAUCACAGACACCAUCGUUGAGCCUGAGAAGCCUAAGAUUGCUCCCGCUCCAGUCAGACCAAGCGGACCCAGUAAGGCUCUUAAACUGGGCGCCAGAGGGAAGGAAGUGGACAACUUUGUUGAUAAGCUCAAGUCCGAAGGUGAAACCAUCAUGCCAGCCUCAGGAAAGAGAGGUUCAGAUGCAUCCAAAGCUCUGCCACCACCAGUCAACGUAGAGAGUGUACAUUUGCGUGUGGAGGAGAAGAUCACUCUGACUUGUGGUCGCGACGGUGGCCUGCAGAACAUGGAGGUGCUAGGCAUGGUGACGCUCCGAGUCACGGACGACAAGAACGGACGCAUCCGCCUCAUGAUCAGCAACAACGACAGCAAAGGACUGCAGCUGCAAACACAUCCCAAUGUGGACAAGAAGCUGUUCACAUCCGAGUCAGUGAUUGGUCUGAAGAACCCAGAGAAGUCCUUCCCUCUCAACAACGAUGUUGGUGUGCUGAAGUGGAGGCUGCAGACCACAGAUGAGUCCCUCAUACCUCUAACCAUAAACUGCUGGCCUUCAGAGAGCGGUAACGGCUGUGAUGUUAAUAUCGAAUAUGAGCUGCAGGAAGAGAGCCUUGAGCUCAACGACGUGGUCAUCAGCAUCCCCGUACCGUCUGGUGUCGGAGGCCCAGUGAUCGGCGAUCUGGACGGGGAGUACAAACACGACAGCAGGCGGAACGUCCUAGAGUGGUGCCUACCUGUCAUCGAUGCCAACAACAAGACCGGCAGCCUGGAGUUCAGCAUUGCCGGACAGCCCAACGACUUCUUCCCUGUCAGCGUGUCCUUUGUGUCCAAGCGCAACUACUGCGACAUCCAGGUUACCAAAGUGACUCAUGUAGAUGGCGACAACCCUGUCAGAUUUUCUUCAGAAACCUCCUUCGUUGUCGACAAAUAUGAAAUCCUGUAAAGUUUAAAAAAAAGGAAAGAAAAAAUACAGAAGAAGAUGACAACAAUAUCAAAAAAAACAACAACAACAAAAAGUGCAAAUCUACGCUACGGAGAAAGAUUGAAGAAUCCUUGCCUGCCCGCCCUGUAUACUGUUUCAGAGACUGUGUACAUCGACUGGACUACUACGUCAGCCCUCCGGGAAUGCCUCUCCCCACGGCGGAGCAGAGUACCGAUGUAUUUAUAUGUUUGUAUGAGAGAAGAUCAUCUAUAUAUAGAGUUAAUUGAACAGGAAAACAAACACACAGGAAGUAAAAAAAAAAAAAAAAAAAAAAAAAAAAUACCUUGAUGCUGUUGUAUCCGCCAAGCAGAACCA